AUGUCCAUCCUAAACAACGACAUCUUGCUCCUGAUCAGUGAACACAUCGACGUGCAAGAAGACCGAAUCAAUCUCCUACUCGGAAAAAUAUUUCCCCUCGUCCGUUCAAUUCAAGCAAAUCCCCGAAUUGGACCCUCCAUUUGCCAGUUACAGGUUGAAUGGAGCAGUCGCCAUAACUCGGAGCAACAUGCAGGCAUUGAGAUAGACGAAAUCUUGAAGACUCUCGGAACUAGUGACUCUGAUCAAAGUCUCGACGAGUGGAAAGAAGAUCUGCGUUUCGGAUGUCCUGAUUCAUGGCUUGUCGUUCUGGUCUUGCUGGUGCCAUUCGUCAAGAGGAUGGAUAUGAAUACGCAUUUUUCGUAUUAUUUCUUCCCCAUGCUAGGGCGGAUUCUCAAGGGUGCUUUCGGUCGGGAGGUGCCUUUGCAACAUCUGGAAAUUGCCAGAUUCUGGACAGAGGGGUCAAAAACUCAUUACAUGGCGAAGGAGCUUCUUCCUUUCUUUUCUCUUCCUGCAAUGCGGGAGUUCAUUGGCAGUGGAAUCUGCGAGUCCGAAAAUGAGAACUAUGAAGAACCUGUCUUCACAGUCUUUGGGCCUGGGACUUCCACAAUCACGAAGAUCAAUUUUGGCGGGUAUUACAGAAAUAAUGGAUGCAAAGGCUUUACUGAUUUCAUUCAUUCGUGUGCCAAGCUGGAGAUCUUCGACUAUCAGCAUGACAACAUAGCCAUUUGGGGGUACAGUCAUCUCGAUAUUCGCCCUCUGUUGUUUUACAAGGCGCUUUGCUCUCACAAGGGCACCCUUCGAGAGCUUCGGUUGAAUAACCAGGGAGAGAGUGAUCCCAUGCGUGAUCAUGAAGAGAAUGAUGGACGCUGGGAUGGAUUUGGAUCUCUCGCCGAGUUUCAUCAACUGCGUGAGCUUCAAAUCCCAGUCCACAUCCUUUUACAGUUUGAUACCACCGACCAGCCAGGGGUAUCUCUAGUGGAGGUUGUUCCAUCCAGUCUGGAAUAUCUCAAUCUCGCUUAUUGUGGCGAGAAGGACUUCGAGGUCGUCAUCGAAAAUCUUCGGACCUUGCUGGCAAAAAGAGAACAGUUUCCCAAUAUCAAAAAGCUUGAAGUGAAGCCUGCGAUUGUGGAGAAGAUCGAGGGAACCUGGGGUGAAUUCAGAGUUCCAGCAUCCACACAAGAGAGAUUUGCACCGAUUGGAAGCAUCUGCCACGGGUUGGGAAUUGAGUUUGGGUUCAACAUGCGAGGAAACCUUAAGUUCCGGGGGUAA